ACAUGGAGGACUCCACUGGCAGUAAUCCACAAUCUCUCGGAUUUACAGAGAAAUUGAAGUCUUGGCUCUCUUGGUCAUGGACCUACGUGUGCUUCGUUUGGUUCGGCAUGGUGCUGAUUAUGAUAUACGUCCUGUGGAGUCCGCUUAAACUGCAGGAAACUCUUACUUCAGCCUCAGUGUUUUUGAACACUCUUACUCCUAAAUUCUACGUGGCUCUCACUGGAACAUCUUCUCUCAUCUCUGGACUUAUUCUUAUAUUUGAAUGGUGGUAUUUUCGUAAAUACGGGACCUCGUUCAUUGAACAAGUGUCUGUAAGCCACCUUCGUCCUCUGCUGGGUGGAGUGGAGAGCAGCUCUACAACUGGUCUGUUUUCAUCAGUCAAUGGAGAGGCUGAGCCUAGACCCAGUGUCUCUGAAUGCAAGGUCUGGAGGAAUCCUUUAAAUCUAUUCAGAGGAGCAGAGUACAACAGGUACACCUGGGUGACUGGGAAGGAGCCUUUGACCUACUAUGAUAUGAACUUGUCUGCUCAGGAUCAUCAGACCUUUUUCACAGGAGACACUCAACAGUUAAGGCCAGAGGAUGCUGUGAUGCAGAAGGCCUGGAGAGAGAGGAAUCCUCAAGCCAGGAUCAGAGCAGCUUACCAGGCCAUUGAAAUGAAUCACGAAUGUUCUGCAGCGUAUGUGCUCUUAGCAGAAGAGGAAGCUACAACCAUCACAGAAGCCGAACGCCUCUUUAAAAAAGCUUUGACUUUUGCUGGGAAAGAUAUCAACUUGCUGGUGUAUAUUAAACGUAGACUGGCAAUGUGUGCACGCAAGCUGGGAAGGAUCAAAGAAGCUGUGAAAAUGAUGAGAGAUUUGAUGAAAGAGUUCCCAUUGUUGGGAAUGUUAAACAUACAUGAAAAUCUCUUGGAAGCACUUCUGGAGCUUCAGGCGUACGCUGAUGUGCAAGCAGUCCUUGCCAAAUAUGAUGACAUCAGCCUGCCAAAAUCAGCCACAAUAUGCUACACAUCUGCACUGUUGAAAGCACGGGCUGUUUCAGAUAAGUUCUCUCCAGAAGCAGCAUCCAGACGGGGGCUCAGCACAGCAGAGAUGAACGCUGUAGAGGCCAUACACAGAGCUGUGGAGUUCAAUCCCCAUGUGCCAAAGUACUUAUUAGAGAUGAAGAGCCUGAUUCUGCCUCCAGAGCACAUCUUGAAGAGGGGCGACAGCGAGGCAGUAGCAUACGCCUUCUUCCACCUGCAGCACUGGAAGAGAGCAGAAGGAGCCUUAAAUCUGUUACACUGCACUUGGGAGGGCACCUUCCGGAUAAUUCCGUACCCCCUAGAAAAGGGUCACCUGUUUUACCCGUACCCAGGGUGCACAGAAACAGCAGAUAGGGAACUACUGCCCUCUUUUCACGAGGUGUCUGUAUACCCAAAGAAAGAGCUUCCCUUUUUCAUACUCUUCACAGCAGGCCUUUGCUCUUUUACUGCCAUGCUGGCCAUGCUCACACAUCAGUUUCCUGAGCUCAUGGGAGUCUUUGCCAAAGCGUUCUUCAGCACACUCUUUGCACCUCUGGGCUUCUUUGCAGACAAAAUGGAAAGUUUCAUGCCGUCCAGUUUUUGGCACCAGCUGACUCGGAUCUGACCUCAUCGCUUUCUCACACACACACACACACACACACACACACACACACACACACACACACAAUGCAAACACGUAUAAACACCAGUCUCACUCAAAAUUCUUAGACAAAAAGUGUUUGCUCUCCUGUCUUCAGCAUUACUGCUCACUUGCUGUAUUGUUCCUGAUUAUGUUGGCUGAGGUCGUAUCAACACAGCAAGAGCACUCCUAAGAUGUUUUCCAAGAACUCAUUGGGUGAAUUCAAGUCAAAGCAAAUGCACUUGCUAUUCUGUUAGCGUAAGGAAAUUCAUACUUUAUGUACGAUUAGUAGUUUGGUCAAUUCACAGGGAGAAAAACUAACUGAAACAAUACAUCCUCUUUCAUAUCUAUAAUAAAAUUACAUUUAAAACCUUGAUCAGUGCUGACGUUACACCACUUACAGUCAUGUUAAGAUCAUUAUCCAAAUGGUUUUAUCCCAUUUAAAUUGAAUUUAGUCGACUUUGUCGGGUCAUUUUUUUUAUAGCUAUUACAUUAUCAGAGUCCAUACGUCUGUAUCAUUCUGACAGCUCUUCACCCUCUCUGCAGUUACAUAAAAACAAUCUAAUAAUAAAGUGCCUUUGUUUUAGUACAUGGUGCUA